AUGGGACGACGACGACGGCGGGAGCCCCGGGGGUCUGUCCGAGGCGUUCCCGCUCUUCUUCCACGCGGGCGAAGCCGCGGUGCCGUACGCCGGCACGGCGCGCUCGCGCGAGGAAGAGGGCGCGGAGGCGCUCGAGCGCUAUCUCUCGCUCGGCGACGCCGCCGGCGGGGUCCUCCAGACGUCUCGGCAAAAGGAGUGGGCGGAGAUGGAUCUUCCGAGCGCGGACCGCGCGAGGGCGGAGGCGGAGGGCGCGAGAUCGACGUGGGGGGUGAGCGCGAUGCCGCCGGGGAUGACGGAGCAGGAGGGGUGGGCGUACCUCAGCAUGAACAACCAACAGAGUCGGUGACGACGGACGCAACUUCGCGGGAGUAGGCGCUCAUCGAGUUGUCCGUGCACGGGACGGGGGAUGGUGACGGAGCACGACCCGCGGAUCGAUCCGUUCGAUUGAUCGAUGGAGGACUUGAUGUCGAUGUCGGGUGGGCGGGUUGGGUGGGCGGGUCGAGGCGGAGUGCAUGGGUCGGGGGUGUAGCGUGACGACGAGAUAGAAGGACGCGUAGGCGCGGGUGUGAUGAACAGAGGGCGUUCGUUCU